AUAGAGACAGAGGUGCAGACUUCAUUCGGAAGAACCUGCUGAACGUGUCCUUCUUUCUGAGACUGGCUCACCGCUUGAGGUUAGAGGCUGACCUCCAGCAUUAUAGACCGCCCUGAGUGUUUGGGCCGUCCCUUCCUUCAGUCAUCCCUAGCCAUUCUGGAGAGGAAUGGUUCCUUUUCCUGUGGAGACACCAUCUCUUGGACAUCACGGCAUUCCUUACUUGCUUCCCUGGGGGACCCCGGCCUCUCCUUCCGCAGUCUUUGUGGAUGUGGAGUUCCAGCAGUGUGGGAAAUAAGUCCUUCGACUUGCUUCAGGUGAAUCUCUCCCGGUCUUGGGGACCCAAUGCAGAAGGCUGCCAUGCUGAGGCACCAGCUUAUUGCGGGGACAGUUGCCGUGUCUGUUUCCUGAGAUGCCAGGCCCUUGGGCAAAAUGGAAGCCGCCAAUACCAAGUCUUUCUUCUGGGAGACUUUCCCCCCCAUGCCUACCUGUCGGGUGUACUGCAGCCCAACCUAUCAGGAUGGACACCUCUUUGUGGUGGGGGGCUGCAGCCAGCAGGGCCAGCCGCUGGACACCAUGGAAAUGUUGGAUAUUGUUUCCCGCAAGUGGAUAGUGUUACCUUCUAUGCCCACCCCACGGGCAGGGGCGGCAGCCGUGAUGCUUGGCAAGGAAGUGUUGGUGAUUGGUGGGGUUGACUCCACACAAAGACCCCUGGCCUCCGUUGAAGUCUACCGCACGGAUGAAGGCAAAUGGGAGAAAAGAGCAGAUUUGGCUCAGGCUUCAAUGGGCAUCUCAGCCCUUGAGAAAGAUGGAAUGGUUUAUGCUUUAGGUGGGAUGGGUGCAGACACAUCUCCACAAGCUUUCCUGCGAAUGUAUGAGCCAACUAAGGAUCAUUGGCAGUCUUUACCAUCCAUGCCCACACCCUGCUAUGGGGCCUCUACUUUCUUGCAUGGGAACAAGAUCUACGUGAUGGGAGGAAGACAAGGCAAGCUUCCUGUCACAGCCUUCGAAGCAUUUGAUCUGGAAGUGAGAAGCUGGACACGCUAUCCCAGUGUGCCCAGUCGGCGUGCCUUUGCCAGCUGUGCCAUGGCUGAGGGUUGCUUCUUCAGCUUGGGAGGACUGCAGCAGCCCGGCCCCCAUAACUUCUAUUCCCGGCCCCACUUUGUCAACACUGUGGAGAUGUUUAACUUAGAGGAAGGGUCUUGGAGUCGGCUGAGCCGUGCCAUCCGCAUGAGAGACAAAAGAGCUGACUUUGUAGCUGGCCAUCUUGGUGGACGUGUGGUAAUAGCUGGUGGCCUUGGGAACCAGUCAAGUCCUCUGGGAUCUGUGGAAGGUUUUAAUCUGGCCAAGAAGAAAUGGGAGCCUUUGCCCUCUAUGCCUACUGGCCGCUGCUCUUGUUCUAGGUUGGAGACUCCCAACCUGCUGUUUGUGAUUGGAGGGGUGGCUCAAGGCCCCAGCAGUGCGGUGGAGGCCCUGUGCCUACAGGAAGAGGUCUGAUCAAAUUUUAUUAUGAAAGGUUUUCUGCCAGCGUACACCAAGAGGACUCAAGUGCCUGUUGAUGACAGAAUUGGCAUACGAGGGAGCAGUGAGAAGAGCUUUAUUGCCAACAUGGAGGCCUGCCACAGUGACUUUUCCUUUUGCUGUUCUGCAAAUAACUCAUUUCAUCUCUGCAAAGCAUAAAGUAGCUCAGAGAUAGAGCAGUCUGUUCUGUAGGCAAGGCAAGGGUCAAGCAUUUGAGCAGCUCCGACUGCUGGGGCAAAGUGGGUUUGAUGGAGCUGAUUCUUUUGAUGUGCAGCUAUGAUUUAUUCAGUCCGCAUAGUUUUCCAAAGGAACAGGGUUGGGAAUGUGGGCUGUCUUAGGUGAACUCUGACUGAAGUGGCCAUGUGAUUGCUUUCUCAUAAGCAAACUCUCAAUUCAACUCUCUUCCCUUUGGUUAUUUAUUUGUAUUCCAGGGCAAUAGAAUAUAAAGCCAAUACACCACAACAAUACUAUAAUUUUCGCUUUGUUGAAGCUCUCUAGGUUAAAAAUCUCUUCCUUCCCUUCCCUUUCUUUGGCUCAGCUACUCUGCAAAUUGUCAUGUACAUCAAUGUUGCUGCAUUAGUAACACUCAUAUUUAGCAUUCCACUGUUAAUCUUGCAAGCAAAAGGUUUGAGAGAUGACCUGAUAAUCACCAGUUGAGUUUGGGAGAUCAAUUUGCAAUUAAGCAAUCACGUAGCUUGCGAUACAGCUUCACCCACAUUCUAGCCAUGCCUAUUUUGCUGCAUAGAUUGUUUCUUAUUUAUGAAAAGCAGCAGAGUUUCUUCAGCUGGUUCUGGGGAAGAUUAAAAGGAAGUGCUAUCCACAUGGAGCAGGUACUCCAGUAUUUUUGCUUCAAGUUGUGAUUGCUGUCCUUGUGCUGAUAUCUCUCUUGCUGCAUAGCUGAGUUGACUCUAGGACUCUGGGUGUAACCAUUACACCCUGUGUGGUAUAUUCCUAACUCUCUCUGUGUCUCAUGUAGCACAUAAGGUGCCCUCUAGUUCAGUGCCUAGGAGGUGGUGUAGCACCUCAUGCCAAUAAAAUCAGUGGAUUUUUUC